AAUCAAAGCAGCACAUCUCAUCAUGUUGCUCGAAGACAAACCGAGACCUCUCUCCCAACAUUCACGAGAAGUCUAUGAUGUUGUUGAGCUCUCCGAGACCGAAGACCAGCCCCUANUAUGGCAUUGGUGCACAACCUACCUACCUCAUCUCAUCGGUACACCACUUUCAAUAUUGUCAUGGGCUUUCUCGCUUCGCUUUUUGCUGUUGCUUUGGCGAGCUCUCUGGGAUGGGAACGACAAGCCAGGAGUUGUUGCUGCAUGCUAUUUCGGCACGCAAGUAUCACUGCUGAAUANNGUCGCACGAGUGGCCGAUGACGGGUGGAGAUUCCUUUGCACUAGUCCACGGUUACGUCCCCGAGUUCGACUCAUCGGCCCAAUGGUCCCACAUGCGGAUGUUAUCAUUACAACAUGCGGAGAAGAGAUUGAUGUUGUCAUGGACACUGUCCGAGCCGCGUGUGAUCUUGACUAUCCUGCAGACAGGUAUAGGAUACUGGUCGCUGAUGACGCUGCGAAUCAAGAUCUGGAACUGCAGAUAGCAGCACUGGCAACCAAGACUCCAGUCACACUCUUGUACUAUGCAAGACAAACGAAAGGCGGCAUGAAGGCCGGCAACAUGAACUCCGCUCUCAACUAUCUACACAGCCUUGGUGGGGCGGAAUACUGCACCUUCUGUGAUGUUGACAUGAUUUUCGAACCGGAAUUCCUUCGCGCCACGCUCGCGCUUCUCGUCAACGAUGAUCAAGUCGGAGUUGCUGUUGUCCCGCAGAGGUUCUACAACGUACCGACAAAUGACCCUCUUUACCAAAGUCUCAACGUGGAUGGCAAGUUCGACGAGAUUCAACGCGAUAGCAUGAACUGUGCAUGGGUGACCGGUCCCGGCGUCGUCUUCCGUUGCAGAGCGAUCAGAGAUAUCGGAGGCUUCCCCGAAAACGCCCUGGCUGAAGACAUCAUGACUGGAUUCACGCUUCAGGGUCGAGGAUGGAAAGUGGUGUAUUGCCGCGAGGAACUGCAGUUCGGUCUCGUUCCAGACACCUUCAAGGCUCACGUCACGCAACGGAUGAAAUGGGUAGGUGGUUCUGACAUUUGCCUUGACUCGCCACGAAAGCUAACCGUUUCCAGUNUUGUCGGACGGCUACGCAACUCCCGCAAGCUCAACUGUGCUAUAGCAUCGCCGCUGGUUAAAGGCAUGACCUGGAAGCAGCGGGUUUCCGCAAUAUGCCAUUGCGCUUCACCAAUCGCGUCCAUGAUGAACAGGCCGCUCUGUUCUUGGAUCAUUCUUCUGCUUGUUGCUUCUGGAAAGCCACUGGUUACUGCAAAGUCGAGUGAACUGCAGGAUAUACUGUUUGUAUAUGUUCUGGCUAGGAUCACGGCUUUCGCAGAAGAAUUGCUCGCAAGUACUGGUUGUGGCUAUCUGGCGCUGCGCCGGAGAAUCGAAGGCAUGCACUGGCUGCACACCCACCUAUUCUUCGCCCUUGCCAAAGACCUGUUCCCAAAAUCGCUGGCGGGAAAGCGUCUUGGAUUUAUACCGACCGCGCUGGCGGAAUCCAAGACCCAAGAACGCCAUCUCGAUCGCCGCCCCGGACUUUUCCAACGUCUGCGGGUGAUGUUUCUCUACCAACAUCUGUGGUAUCACGUUGUUGUAGCUGCGGUCGUAGCAGCAGUCUUCAGCGUGGGACUUGUCAAAGCAGGCAACCAUGAAAGUCUGCAUUACCUCUUGACACAUGUGCUGGUUCCUGGCGUUGCAUGGAGCAGUUAUUUCGCCUCGCUCAGACCCAUUGCGUAUGCCAUUGCGCCUCCAACCAUGCCAGAGCGACGAGAGAUGAUGGACCGGGAUUUUGCCCGCCCAAGACCUGAGGGAAAGGGGAAUGAGGACCGUCUUCAGUUGCACCUGGAGGAUGAGUCUGACGGUUACGCAUUUGAGGUCUGGCGGCCGAAGGCGGAGCAGAAGCUCGAGAAGUGGGAUGCUUGGGCAAUCUUGCCAGAAGUUCCUCGGAAUGUCAGCCUUGUGUUUUGGGUUAUCAUUGGUAUGGGACUAUGGCAG